CUGCGUUUCCUGUCCUCUAUGCCCGCGCUGCCCCGGGCUUUCCCCGAGUCCCAAGGCUCCUUUGCCCCGCACUCUCCGCCUCCCACCCUUCUUUGUUGUAGCUUGUUUGGAGGAGGAGGAGGUAGCAGCAGACAGCGUGGGACAGCUGUCUUGCGGGCAUCAGAUUGUGAUGUGAUAAAAGGCUGUGGCUGAGUCAGGGCAGUCUCGGGGCGGCCCUGGGAGGUGAGCAGGCAGCCAGGAGCCAGAGGGGCACAGCCGGUCAUCUCGGUCCCCUCCGCAGAGCCCGGCACCUCAGGGAACAGCAGCCGGCGGCCGGGAAGAUGCUGACACAGCUGCUGCCCGCCUAGCAUGGCUGAGCCACACACGCCCUACGCCUCCCUCAGGACGUUGCUCGCGCUGCUCAACAGCCUGGUGGCUGCAUCUGGCGUGAUCCUCACCGGCCUGGGCAUCGGUAUCAAUUAUGGAGAGGCCGCCCUGACGAGGGUCCUGGGGUCUGCGUCCACGCAUCACCUGCACAUCGGUCACCUGUACCUGGGAUUGGGUGUCGUCACUGUGCUGCUGGCCCUGGUUGGGUGGUGUGGCGCAAAGACAGCCAACAGAGGAAGCCUCUUGUGUUACCUCGUGACCAUGGUUGUCAUUCUCGUGGUGGAGAUCACGGUGGCCUCGGUGGUCCUGACUUUCUUCCCGAUGCUAAAAUGCUGUGGGGUGAACAACUACACGGAUUUUCUCGGCUCUUCCUUCUCGAUAGCGACUGGCUACACCUACCCCAGGGGCUGCUGUAAAUCUCUGGGCACUGCGGCCUGUGACGGGCACAAUGUAUCCUCCAGCGUCAUCCACCAGGAGGGCUGCUUCCGCAAGCUCCUGAAAAUCACCAAGACACAGAGCUACGUCUUGAGCUGGGUCUCCCUGGGAGCGGCGGCGAUGCAGGCUCCUCUUCCACCCCGUUCCUGCCUUGGAGCCAGCCGACUGUGGCCGGAAACGGUGAGCCAGAAUCAUCACCUCCUCCUGUCAGUUGCAGCCGUUGGGUGUUCUGUCUCAGGAGGUGGCUAAGACACAGGAGAUGGAACCCAGCGGGGCAAGUGCUCUACCCCGGGCGAUAUACCCGGCCUCCUUCCGCCUGGUUGGGUUGGGCUGUGGCCUGCCAGAGGGUCACCUGGGCCAUAAAGGCCUGGCUGAACCUCUUUCUUCAUUAAA